UGAGAUGUAGGGGGGUAGGAAAAUGAGAGAGAGUGGUGACCGGUGCCGAGAGGGGUGAGGCGGUGGCUCCCGCCCGCUUUGGAAGUGGCUGCAGACUUGCAGGACUCUCCUCCUCUCUCCUUCCCUUCCGCGCCUCGGAGGGCAGCGCGGCCGCGCUCUGCACAGGAUCUGGGAAGCCAGAGAGAGAGAGAGAGAGAGAGAGAGAGAGGAAAAUCAGGGUUGCAGUCGGGGAGGGGGGGGGAGGGGAGAGAGCCCCCGGGACCCCGCCUGGAUUGGCGGAAUUUUGCAAAACAGCAGACCGGUGGUCACAUUCGAGGGGCGGGAAAGGGCAUCCGGACCUUCCCCCCCCCCCCCCCCCCCCCUCGCAGCAGCCGGCGGCUCCUUGCCCUUCCUCGGCGCUCCCGUCCAUCCAUCCCCGAGGGAGCAGCGCGGUUACAAUUCGCCAGGAAAACCCCCGGCUCAGCCACAGAGAGAGAGAGAGAGAGACAGACAGAGGGGAAAACCAACACCCCCUCCCCUCCCCACCCCACCAGCAGAAACUCUCCACGCCACAUCUGCCCAGUCGGACAACUUCAAGCUGCUGCGGGAGUGAGCCGUCGCCGGAUCAGACACACUUUAAGAAAGUGCUUCUUUCUUUUUCAAAAAAAAGCAAUUUGCGGCGAGCCCGGGGGCGGAACUUUCCUCUGGUGGCGGCAGGAGAGGAGGAGGAGGAGGAGGAGGUGGAAGGCGCAUUGAAACCGGCGGAUUAAAACCAACACCUUCAGGAGCAGUUGGAUCGAGAACGGAGUUUAUUUUGGAAAGCAAUUGAAGAAAUUUUCCCCCGCCUUCCCCUUCCUCGCUGAAGAAAAGCAUGUUUGGAGGAAUGAAAAUACACUUAAAGGAGGUUUGAGGAGACGCGGAGCAACCAAGUGAGGAGAGAGGGUUUGGAAGGUGUUUUCCGAGGAUGUGCGGCUCCUGGUUCUGAAUUGGGAUUUUGAUUGGUACUAUCUCCCCCUACCCCCCCCACCCCUAACCCCCCCCCCCUUCCCCCAGGACCCUUUCCCUGACCGAAGAUGUCCUACAGCAGCCGAGACCUGGUCUGCCGUUACCUGUACUACCGGCUGUCCCGGUACGGCUACGUGUGGGAGGAACCGCUGGACGCCGCCGCUAGCACCUCGACCGUGGGCAGCGGCCCCCGCCGGCCGACCCCCGCCGCCGCCGAGAAGGCGCACCGCGUCCUGCGGGAGGUGGGUGACAGCUUCGAGCGCCAGUACCAGCAAGAGUUCGCCGACAUCGCGCUGCAGAUGCGCUUCGACCCCGACACCGCCCGGCACCGCUUCGACGCGGUGGCCGAGGAGCUGUUCCGCGACGGGGUCAACUGGGGCCGGGUGGUGGCCUUCUUCGUGUUCGGGGGCACCUUGUGUGUGGAGAGCAUCAAGCGGAGGGACAUGGCAUCGCUGGUCGACAACAUUGCCGCCUGGAUGACCGCUUACCUUGACAGCAGCCUGACCGACUGGAUCCGCGCCAACGGAGACUGGGAUGCCUUUGUGGAACUUUAUGGAAACAAUGUGCAACCGCUUUUCGACAUUCCAUGGCCUUCGCUUAGGACUGUUUUAGGCAUUGCUGCUGUGGGGGCUUGUAUAACCUUUGCUUACCUAGCCCAUCAGUAUUAGCCAUGAUUAUUCAAGAGGUUUUAUUAGGGCUGCUUGUUGGGGUGCUUUCAUAUUACGGACUCAUUGUUUUAUCUAUUGGGCUUCAAUUAUCACCCUCAGUGUUCUUGUAUUUAUAAUUAUUGAAGCUUUUCAGGUUUGUCUUUAGCUUUGAUUUUGGUGGUGGUGUUUGGGAUAGGUUUAUUCAUGAAAAUGUUAAUGUGGAGCAAGUCCUAGAAGUACAUUUAACCACAGGUUGGACUUCCUAAGGUUGGUUGGAAUCUACAUUUCAUAUUAUUUUGUAAGGACUCCGUUACAAAAUAUAAACUUGACUAUUUUGGUCGUGUCUUGCAAUGAAGCAUUGCAACUGAUUAUAAUGCAGUGCUUGACAGUUGAACACGGUGUGAAUUGUGAUAGGUGGAUGUACAAUAACCUAUCUAGUUGGUGUUGAGAAUGGAGGUAUAAGUAGCUGUGUGAACCAAAACUCCUACUGAAGGCGAAGUUCAUUGUUUUUUUAAACAAUCUGCAUAAAAGUAUCUCAUGGCCUACAAUACUUAAUAUUGUAUAGAAUCUGCUAGAAUGCCUGAAAAGAAAUAGUUCUGCUCGAUAUGGAAAUGUAUUAAUCAUGUCAUUAAAUAGCUAGUGGGCAUUACAUGAGUUUUUCAUCUACAGAAUAGAAACAUGAUAUUUAGCUUGCAUUUAGAGCUGUUUGCAAUGGAAAUGCUCCUAAUGUCUGUAUUGAACAAUUCAAGAAGAAAAUUAGAACUGGGAUGGGAAAGGGAGAAGCGUUUUUACCAGUUUUGCAAACGAAACAAAAUGAGAUUAAUAGCUGACAUUGCCAAUUACAAGCAUUGUUUUUUUUCUGAAGUGAACUAUAAAGCUUAAAAUUUUCUCCAAUAUCUGAUUUGGAAUGUCAUUUUGUAAAGUUUUUUUUUGUGAUUUAAUGUGAAAAACAUAUUUAAUGAGCUUUCGAUAUCAACACAAAAUUUUAUAACAUUAUUUUAAUCAUGGUUGCUAUUGUAUGAGCGUAUUUUAAAAAAAAAGUCCAUUCCAUUUCCUUCUAAACUUAACUUAAAAGUUAUUUUUUGUUUUUAUUUAAAGUUUACAGUUAUUAUUAACAAGCUGCUAAUAGGUAAGCUUCAAAGAAUAUUUAACCAUUUCUAAGUGGAAUUAAUACCAAAGGGUGAUUCUGAAACAGUUGUUGGAAGUUAAGAUACAGUUCACUUUGGAAAAUGCAGCUAGCUUUGAACCAAUUGACUCUGCUGGAGAUUUUGCAACAUUCUGCUCACCAUUAAAAUGUUGAACAUACUCUUCAAAGAUGGAAGGUUGUGAUUUUAGCUCAUGGAAAAUACUGCACCAGUAAACAACUAUUGGCCUGUGUUUUGAUACUCUUGAAUGGAGAUUGAUUUCAGCCACUGUUGGGAAGGUCUAUUCUUUACAGUAUAACCGACCUACAUAUGAUGACUCCAGCUUCAAGAAUUUGACAACUUACCUUGUGCUUUGAUGCUUUCCGACUGGAGAGCUUUACCACACCCAUUGAAAAGUCUGAAAAAUAAGUAAAUUAUGGUAACUAAGGAUUACCAGGUAUGAAGAGAAAAAGUAAGCUCAAUUUGCAGUAGUGCUCUAUCUACUCACAGAAAUCAACUUCAACCUACCAGCAUUGAAUAAGACAAAGUGAAUGUAAUGUGAAGGAAUGAGCACAUCAGAAAACAUCUUUAAGCUAACAGUAUUGUAAUUUCGUAUGGAGUGAUCACAAAGGGCUAUCAGGAAUAUUAAGUACAUUUUGGAAUAAUAAGCUUGUAUGUGGGUGAAAUAGAUAUUUUUGAUCAUUAUACUUCCUAUAAUUUGUAUAUGUUUGUGCAUUUGCAGAGUACUCUAGUGUUUCAUUUCAAUAACAGGAUGGAUGCUGCCUUGUCAUUUUAGAAGCUGUGCUUUUGUAUUGGAUGUAAUAUGUUCUAUGACUUAUUGUCACUGUUGUAUAAUUUUUCCAUACUUUUGUGUUAUUGUACUCCUCGCUAUAUGCAAUUUGUCACUCUAAUGAGCUCUAAUUUGGUGAAGUUACAGAUUUGGACAAGAGCUUUUAGGGAAAAUAACCAGAAAAGAACUUGGUUUAACUGAGAAGCCAGGUAUACAAGUUAUUGGUUUCUCAUUCUGGACCCCAGCCCAAAAUGUUCAUGUACUUAGGGAAACAAAUUAGAUUUAUUAUUUGGAAUUUUCCUAGCCCAUUCUAGAAGCCUAGCAGCAAAAAAAAACCAACAAAAUGAACUCCUUAUCCUUAAUGCAAAGUAGUUCCCAGGUCUAAUCUUGAUAUUGGUUCCCUAUUUAGAGAGAGAAGGUAAGCAGCUGCUCGAAUCUUAUCACCAUACUGCUAUUCAACUGCAUGUGCACAGUUGCUCUAUAAUAUGUGAUGUAAGGCAAAGUCUAAAAUACUAGGAGACAUGAAAAAUAAUUAUAUAAUUGUUCAAAAAAUGUUUUUCCUCAGCAACUGGAAUAAGUAAAGCUACUUUUAUUGAACAGGUGCGGUUCUCUUUUCAAAAUAUCAUUACAAAUGUGUAUAUAUUGAUUCGGCAAUAAUCCUAAACAGAGUUCACAAUCUUUGUGACUAUUAUGCUAAGUGCCCUUUGUAGCAAUUAGUGUUAUUUCAUUGGAGCAAAUUUUAUCAAAAUUACGACCGAAAACUUUUGUAGAACAUGAUUCUGAAGUUACUGAUAAUUCAUGGAUUCUGCAUUUUGGAUAAUGUGGAUGAGGCCUCCUCUCCAAAUAAGAAUUAAUUGCUUUUGAGAAAUCUUUUUCCUACUCUGGAACUCUUUUAAUUUAGCAUGCUCCAUCAAAUGAAUUCUUUAAUUAGCUGAUUGCAAUAAAACUUGUCUAAUUCAGCAUCUAGCUCACCAAGUGCUGGCUCCCAAGCUCCCUCUAAUUCACUGUGGCCCUAGUUCCUGUGCUCUUUUCAAACUUGCUGGGUUCAGUGGAAAACUUAUUAUACUGCUAUACUGUGUAACAUCUUUAAACAAGUGAAUUGGAAGAGUAUUGGAGUAUUAAUUAGAAUAGCAUCUAAUAGUCUGGAAUGUCUGCCAGUCAAGUACCACCAAAGUCCCAAGUGUGCUGGAUUAAAAGAGUUCUACUGUAUUAAUGGACCUUUUUAAAGCAGUAGACCAUAAAGAAAAUGUACUUCCAAGAGGUAAACAUAGAGUUUACAGCCCAUCUACACUAUUCUCAUUUGCCUACAUUAGGACCUUAUCCUUACAUAGAACAUUUUAGCACAGUACAGGCCCUUCAGCCCACAAUGUUGUGCCGACCUUUUAACCUACUCUAAGAUCAAUCUAACCAUUCCUUCCCACGUACCCCUCCAUUUUUCUGUCAUCCAUGUGUCUAUCUAAGAGUCUCUUAAAUGUCCCUAAUGUAUCUGCCUCUACCAGCACCCCAGGCAGCGUGUUCCAUGCACCCACCAUUCUCUGUGUAAAAUAAAACUUAUUUCUGUUAGCCCCCCUGUACUUUCCUCCAAUCACCUUAAAAUUAUGCCCCCUCAUGUUAGCCAUUUCUUCCCUGGGAAAAAGUCUCUCUCUAGCUGUCCACUCAAUCUAUGCCUCUUACCAUCUUGUACACCUCUAUCGUCACCUCUCAUACUCCUUUGCUCCAAAGAGAAAAGCCCUCGCUCGCUCAGCCUAUCCUCAUAAGACAUGCUCUCCAGUCCAGGUAGCAUCCAGGUAAAUCUCCUCUGCACCCUCUCUAAAGCUUCCACAUCUUUCCUAUAGUGAGGUGACCAGAACUGAACACAAUAUUCUAAGUGUGGUCUAACCAGGGUUUCAUUGAGCUGCAACAAUACCUUGUGGCUCUUGAACUCAAUCUCCCGACUAAUGAAGGCCAACAACCCUUGUAAACAACCCUAUCAACUUGUGCAGGAACUUUGAGGGAUCUAUGGACUUGGACCCCAAUGUCCCUCUGUUCCUCCACACUGCUAAGAAUCCUGCCAUUAACCCUGUGUUCUGCCUUCAAAUUUGACCUUCCAAAGUGAAUUACUUCACACUUUUCCAGGUUGAACUCCCAUCUGCCAUUUCUCAGCCCAGCUUUGCAUCCUAUCAAUGUCGUGUUGUAACCCUUGACAACCUUCUACACUAUGUACAACACCACCAACCUUCGUGUCAUCUGCAGACUUACUAACCCACCCUUUCACUUCUUCAUCUAAGUCAUUUAUAAAAAUCACAAAGAGCAGAGGUCCCAGAUCAGAUCCCUGCAGAACACCACUGGUCACCGACCUCCAGGCAGAAUAUACUCCAUCUGCAACCACCCUCUGCCUUCCAUUGGCAAGCCAAUUCUGAAUCCACACAGCCAAGUUUCCCUGGUUCCCAUGCCUCCCAACCUUCUGAAUGAGCCUAUCAUGAGGAACCUUAUCAAACACCUUACUAAAGUCCAUAUACACCACAUCCACUGCUCUACCCUCAAUAUAUUUUGUCACGUCCUCAAAGAAUUCAAUCAGGCUCGUGAGGCAGGACCUGCUCCUCUUAAAACCAUGCUGACUAUCUCUAAUCAGACUAUGCUUCUCCAAAUGCUCAUAAAUCCUGUGCCUAAGAAUCUUCUGCAAUAAUUUGCCCACCACUGAACUAAGACUCACCAGUCUAUAACUCCCAGGGUUAUCCCUACUUCCUUUCUCGAACAAAGGAAUAACAUUUGUCACCCUCCAUGACUUAAGUGUCUGGCUAAGUGUCUCAAAGUAUUUAUAUCUGAUUCCAUCACUUCCUCUGGCAGCAAGUUCCAGAUAUCAACCACUGUGCAUCUGUUUAAAACAAAACUUACUCUUCAGAUCACCUUUAAAACUACGCCCUCUUUUGUUUUGAUACUCCUACCACAGGAAAAAGAUAUUGACUAUCUAUGCUUCUCAUAAUCCUAUAUACCUCUAUCUGGUCAGCCUCAGCCUCCUUCGCUCCAGGGAAGCCUAGCCAGUCUCUUCCCCAUAAUGAACAUUCUCCAAGCCAUGCAACAUCCUGGUGAAUCUGCUCUGUACUCUCCAGCACAAUCACAUCCUUCCUAGGGUGUGGCGACCAGAGCUGCACACAAUACUCUAAGUACAGCCUAACUAAUGUCUUGUAAAGUUGCAACAUAACAUCCCAACUCUUCAAUGCCCUGACCUAUGAUGGUAAACAUGCCAUGUGCUACCUUCACCAUCCUAUCUACCUGAUUUGGCCACUUUCAGGGAACUGUGGACUAGGAUUCCUAGGUCUCUGUUCUUCAACAUUCCCUAGUGCCCUACCAUUUGCCAUGUAUGACUUUCUCAAAAUGCAUCACCAUGCAUGUGUCAGGAUUAAAUUUCAUCUGCUAUCGCUCUGCCCAACUGUACCCUGCCAUAACCUUAGAUAAUCUUCCGCACUAUCCACAACACCAAUUUUCAUAUCAUCAAACUUCCUAAUCAUACGUGCCACAUUCACAUCCAAGUCAUUCAUGUAUAUCACAAUCAGCAACGGUCAUAGCACCGAUUCCUCUUCUACACCAGUAGUCUCAGACUUCCAAUCAGAAAAACAUCCUUCCACCACUACCCUUUGCCUUCUGUCAACAAGCCAAUUUUGUAUUCUGUAUGCCUUAACCUUCUGGACCAGCCUAACAUGCAGGACCUUGUUAAAUGCCUUGCUUGUCCAUGUACAAAAUAUCUACUGCACUGUCUUCAUCAAUAUCCUUGGUUACUUAAUCAAAUUAGUGAGACAGGAUUUGCCCCUCAUAAAGCCACGCUGACUUGCUAAUCAAUCCCAGCCUUUCCAAAUGAAUGUAAAUCCCAUAAGUUCAGAAUUUUCUUCAAUAAUUUCUCCACCACUGACAUAAAGUUCACCAGCACUUAGUAGAGAGUUCUGCCUGAUGAGCUCUUUUCCCUGCACUCUCCCAUCUUUGUCAAUCAAUAUUGAGGCAGUUGUAGCAUCAUCCGGAGGUGACAAUUAGAUAAACAACUCUGACAAAAUCCUUCCAUGAUUCUAUCCUUUCAUACGAGUUAUUUUCUGAUAGAAUGCACUUUUACAGGUUUAGAUUGAAAAGGUGUGUAUUUCCCGGAUUUUCUUUUCCCAAAAAGACACAAUGAUGAUUUUUUUUGGUUUGAUGUGCUCUUGUUUUUAUGAAGAAUUUAGUGAAGUUGGCUAGACCAAGACAUCAUCGAAGCUCAUCACACAUUUAACUUGAAUUGGCUACUUUUUGCUAACCGUUUUGUAAUCUAAGUUGAUUGAUUUAAAUAUUGUCCUGCUUGUUUGCCUUUAGCUGAUUUGAGGUAGAGGAGAACUCUAUUAGGAAGGUUUCUAUGUGGGAAGAUAUUUGUCAAACCAAAUGCCGCUGUUUAAUCUAGAAGAUUGAUCAUUAAGGAUAUUAUUAAUUUAUGAUUUGAGUGGGCAUUUCACAGGUUCUUUAAAGUCAUUUGAUGUUUCAAAGUUUGAGAUAGAAGCCUAAAUGGACACUCAUAGUGGAAAUAUAGUCACAUCAGUAAAUGAGGGUGUCAUGAGAAAAGGAAAAUCUAUUGUUUGUGCAUGGAACAUGGGUAGCUAUAUAUGGUUCCAGGUACGACAAAGCAAAAUCUGGUCAAUACUGAUUUUUAUAGUAUUUCUAAACAUUUUUGUACAUACGGCUGUGUCCUAACCUUGCAAACUUUGAUUUAAAUAUUUUUUGUAAUGAAAAUGAGAUCAACUAAAUGUAAAAUGGAAAUUAUUGAGGAGAAAUGUUUUAGUGAUAGUUCUUGUACAUCAGAUGAAUAAGUGAAAAGCAUUUUAAGUAUUUGAAUAACCAAACAAGAAAACAGAAUAAAGAGAAACAGGAAGGAUUUGCAUUUAUGUAUCACAUUUCAGGAUGCUCUAAAGUAAUUAAUGGCCAAUGAAGAACUUGUAAAAUGCAAUCAAUAUUAUAAUAUAGAAAAGGAUAUACAGCCAAUUUGCAUUCUGCAAACGCCCAGAAUCAGCAGUAAUUACCAUUAUUGAGAGAGGGCUAAAUGUUGGCCCAGGCACUGAAGGUUAUUAUUCCUAUUCUUAUGCAAAAUUGUUCCCAGUAGCAUCUGCAUAGAGCCUUGAUUCAGUGUGUUAGCCAAAUGAAGUCCCUGACAACAGAGACACUCCAGAGGCUUGAAUACAAAAAUCAUGUAACUUUGUGUAGUACCAAAGGGGUGGAUGUACAUUCGAUCACAUGAGAUUUUAACUCGAGAUCUCACCUGCCUUUCCAGCUGUGCAUAAAUGAUACUUUGGCAGUAUUAGAAAGGCAAGGUAGGGAAUUAUCUGCAUUGUUCUUGCCAAUAUCUAUUUAUUUCUCACUAAAACAGAAUAUCUGGUCAUUGUCUUAUCACUGUUAGUGGGUGUUUGCUCUUUGCAAAUAAGCAUUUCUAUUUCUUACAAUGUAGCAGUUACUGCACUUCUAAAGUACUUAAUUGGCUGCAAAGUGCUUUAGGACACCCCAGGGUAUGAAAGGUGCUAUUUAAAUGCAGAUCUGGUUUCUAAGGAUAUUUUCUCUUUUAUUCGUUCCAGACUAAAAGUGUAUUUCAUUGGUGUAUUGCCCUGAUAGACAAGAACUAAGUUUUUGGUACUUAACAAAUUACGUUGUUGUAAAUGGUUUGUAUAUAAAUUGACAAUUAAUUCAACCAGUGUUUUCCUCUUUCAUUUUUAACCACAGGCAACUUCUGUUUAACAGUUGUCUGGCAUUUCAACUGAUUUUUUUUUAUUUAAUGGGUAUCAUACACUGACGUACUUGCGAAAGGUUAAGUUCCACUUAAUAUACAAGUUGCUCAGUUGUUGAGGGAGCCAUUUUAUUGUGUCAUUAUAGUAUAUUACUGUUUGCAAAAUAUUUAAGGAUUGUUGUUCCCCUCCUCCAUCCAGUACCACCACCAAAGAAUAGGCCUAGUUAAGUAGAAACAGAUUCAAUCAUUAUUUUCAUUUGAGUUCAUGAAAAACAUUUUAGCCCAAACUUUACAGUCAGCUGUAAAGUGAUAGCGCUCACCUCUGACCUUGAAUAAUUUUGCCAAGAAGAUCAAGCGAUUGCUGAGAUGUGGAUUUCUACUGAUUUCAUUCCGAUAUUAGCUAUGGAGAAGUUUCUAGUGUCUAGUAAAUGUCAUCACACUUACCACCAAUUGUACUGCAGAGCUCUCACAAAAUUUAAACUAGGCUGUAUCAAUUGGCAUUCAGUCAUUCCAGUUACACAGCUUUGAAGAUGCAAAGUAAAGAACAGGUCAAACAGAUGGGAUCAAGUUGUUAAAAGAAUUUUUUUCAUAAUUUAAAAAAAUAUUUUAAUCUUGGAAUAGAGAAUUUGACAUUCCAUAAAAAUACAACUAACUUUUCAAGAUCAGUAAUUAUGGCAAAACACUUUUUUAAAAAAAACUCGGCUCCAGCUUAAUCAUCAAGGUCUCUUUUUUACAGCAAGAAUAUUGUGUCAAAAGUUGAAGCUAACAUCAGUAAUUUUGGAACUUUUCCUGUCUUAGUGGACUUCAGUAUAGCCCUUAGAGGAGUAGGGUAUCACUGACAGCAAUUCUUAUAUUUCAGUUUUAGUUUUGCAUGUGAAAACUCCUGAUAUCUCUGCCAAUGACAGAACACUGAUGGAUUUGGUUUCAUUACAAUGGCAAUAUAUCUGGAUAUUUUUUUUGUUUGAAAAGAUAGCUGGAUUUUUGUUCAAAAUAUUUAUGGAAUGUGUUAGAUGUGAGGAGUUUAUAUUAAUUUGAGCAGCUGCUUGACACUGAUUCACGUGAGAUUGAUGUAAUAUUUUGUCCAGAUUUUUCCUGUGGUAAACUGUGUUUUCUUUAAAUGACUUCUCUCUAAGUUUUCCAAAAUGUAUCAAAAAUAUAUCAAACUGAUAAAGGUCAGAAUUAGUGUCGUCGUUUCAAGCCUAUGUGACUAUAGAUAACCACAAAUAGGAAAUAUGCAGGGAAAAAUGUUUUGUUCAUGGAAAGAAAAUCAUCUCUCUUGCAUGUAUGGUAGCCGGGAAAAAAAGAAGUCCUGGAAUGCACAUUUGCUAGUUCAGUGCUGUUUUUUUUAUUAGGUAGAUGUGUUAUUCACUCUUUGUCCUGUUAAAUAUUGAAAUCUUCAAAAACCUGGAAAUGCUGCACACCUGCCCAGUGGGGUUUUAAAGACACACUUGCUAGUAAGUGGCUGCCCAACACCUCACCCUGCAUUUUACAGAAGAAUGUUAAAGAUUUGUAUAUAAUAUGAACUUUCUAUAAGCUACACGUAACAUACAUAUCAAUUUUAAUUAGUAUGAGAAGUGUCAAUAAUCGAGAAUUCUGUUUUUAAAAAAUCUGAAAAGUAUGAUUUUGGACUAGUAAGUGCUUAUACAUACUGAGUUUGUAAACCAAAGUACUUAAGUUUUUUAAUAUACUUUGUUUGUUUUGUAAUAGUUGUCAAAAAAACUUCUUGUUGUAGAUAUCUGCUUAAACUUAUUCCAUCCACUUCAUUAGUGUAAUAGAUCUUAUUGCACAGAAUAAAAAACAAUUAUUGUC